AACCAAAUAAGAAUAGUAGUUCGCAUUGACGAGCCACUUUGGUGUGUGGUAGUUCGUUUGUAUGGUCGGCGUUUGUUUGUUGGUAUUUUUUUUUAUAAAGAAUGUGUUUCUUUAGUCCACUUUAUCUGUAACGUAUUUCGUUACAUCGCUUUAUAGAUGUAACAAUUUUGUAACCAAAAAAGGGAAUCUGAAUGGAAAAGGGCAAAAUGGGAGGUAGACGCACAGGUAGAGGUUCAGGUAGGGGACGAAGCUGGAUGAAAUUAAACAGUGUACCACGUCCCGGAGGUGUUCCCGCUGAUAUUGUAAGUUUUAUGGACAAGAUCACCUCCUACCUGAGCCUAAAUGAUCAAGAAGGCUUACAAUACGCAAAACUAAUAGAACUAAUUGAACUGAUCGAUGAUAAAGACGAUUCGAUUGUCUUGAGUAGGAAAGUGAAGCACGUUAGACAAUUGUGGGUUGAACUUUGUCAGAAUGGCGAUGAAAUCAGCGACAGUUUCUAUUACUUAUAUUCCAAGUGCUUGCUAAAUACAAAUUUGGCAACAAAAUUCGUUACAGUUAUCGCAUUACCACCUUUCGACACUGAUUUGCACGGUAAAAAGUUGGUAAUUCUUCUCGUUCAAUGUCUACAGUCUCACUAUGAUGCACGCACCGCCUUUCAAACGGAUCACCCUGAAGCAUUUCGCAAUUUUGUCCAAAUGAUGGGCGAAUUCUUUCACAAGGCGAAAGGGCCCUCAAAUUCUAUAGAUAAAUUACUGAAAGAACCUAACUUAGUUUGUUUAGAAAUGCUACUAACAAAGGGGCAAGAGCCCGACUUGUCCUUAUUUACUAAACUAUUACACAGGAAUGGUGCAUUAUUUGAAUCGUCUGACACAAAAACAGUAUCAUCUCUUUUAUCUCAAGUACGUGAUGUACUAAUAUUGGAUACAAAAUUGACGCUGAUCUCCAAAGCUUGGUUACUUUUAGCUAUAGAUAUUGCCAACAGUCGAUUUGGACCAUUACCGAAGGAGAUUCAUAAAUUUUAUGAAGACAAACUAGGUGAAAAUGAGAUGAUUAAUUUCCAGAACACCCACAGUAGUUUAAGCAUAGAGAUCUUGCAACCAAACAAAGCGUUCGACAGUUAUAAAAGUUCUGUGAACGUCUUGCAAGUGAAGCCCUCCGAGUCGUCGUCGUUCGAGCAAACCAACUCGCAAAAUAAUAGCCUACCGCCGACGGAUACGAAACGAUUAGGUCGACCUAUUUUGGGUGUUGGAGUACGCGAUCAAGGAGGCUGGGAAUAAACAAAAUGCCAAAUUUUAAUUACUUUUUGUCUUGUUUUUAUACAUAAGUCAUCGUAGUUAGGGCGGAAAUUGGCGCGAUUUUAACUAUUUAUACAAACAUUUUAAAAUUUACAUUUAUAUAUUAAUAUAUUAUACAUAGAUUUUAUGGUGUAGUAGUGUCAAUUUUUUUAAGCUUAUGGUGUGACAAUUAUUGUUUAUGGGCACAUUGUGUAACUUAAUUUAGCUUAAUUUGUGUCUGUAGCGCUGGUUUUUUUACCGUCCAUUAAUUAGUAAUUUUAUGAACUAUUAUUGUGGAUAAUUGAUUUUAUUGUAGAUACUAAAACUUAAGAUAUUUCUUUUAUUCUGGGUGGAAAAACCGGCUCUCACUGAAGUUUUUAAUUGUACGUAAUUAAUAAACACGUAAUUUAUUUUA